AUGCCCGGUAGCCACCUUCUCCAGGGGUCAGGCGGGCAGGAGGAAGCGGGGCUUGGCAGAGAAGUGCAAGCCCGGAAGGCGGCACUCGCCGAGUCCAUAGCGGCAAUCUCUGAGGUCAUGUCGACAAUGGCCUCCGCUGACGUCGGCCAAGAGAAGUUCUUGGACGCAGGCAACCGUCUUCAGCGCGUGCCCCCGGCGACAUUGGAGGUGCAGAGGGUUCAGAAUUCUCCGGCCAACGUGAUGCACGUAGCCGAAUAUCUGGCUGCCAAUGUCGACCUCGCCAAGGACCUCGUCGCUCGGUGCAGCGCCGUCGCGCAGCAGCUCAUGGACGAAGACCUCCAGAGCAUAACCGAGGACCUUGAUAAUGUGAUAAAGAACAUCGGUCAUGAGCUCAGCAGGAUACCUGCUUCAGCAUUUGGUAGCAAGAGGUGUGCGGAUGCAGCAGUCGGUACGCACCUUCAGGUCACUGCAAACGGGCAGCAUCCUAAUGAUCAGCGUUCCUGUGAUGGCUAUUCUGAGGGCGACAUGACGAUAGUUGUGGCAAAUGAUAGACCCAAGAGAAGAGCACUGCACGACGGCGACAUGCCAAGGUUGGUGGACUUCCUGCAGGGAAUGUACCAUGAGUCUCAUGAAUUCGGUGGACAGUCAUUCAGUUCACUCCCUGAAGUCGCAGAGUACGUUGAGCCGUUGUAUGAUUCUUUCUUCUGCCCACUGACAAAUAAGGUCAUGGUUGAUCCAGUGACUACUGAAAGCGGGAUAACAUAUGACAGGAGAACCAUUGAGGAGUACUUUGACAGUUUAACGGAUGAUUCUGAACCUGUGAUCUGCCCGGUUACGAAAAUAGCAAUGCAGAGCAAGACUCUGAGGACUAAUGUUCCACUCAAGAGCACAAUCGCGGAAUGGAUUAUGAGGAAUGAAGCAACACGGAUCAGAAUCGCGCGUACUGCUCUCUCACUGGCAAGGACGGAGGCUAUGAUACUUGAAGCCAUACAUGAGCUGAAGCUGCUUGCCAGGACGAGGAGGAAGAACAGGGAGCAGAUGCACAAGAUUGGCAUAACCAAGUUCCUUGCACGUCUGUUAGAGCACAAGGAUGCACUGAUACGCUGUGACUCACUGGAGCUCCUCUGCCUGCUGGUCGAAGAUGAGCCAGGAAAGGAAAUCAUAGCAAAAACCAGAGCUGUCUCAAGGACAAUAAAGCUGCUUUCUAGUAGUAGUUCGGAUGAAAGACAUGCAGCUAUCUGUUUCUUGCUAGAGCUUUCAAAAUCAGAGUUACUAUUAGAAAACAUCGGGGCAACUGCUGGAAGCAUAUUAAUUCUGAUCACGAUGAAAUUCAACAACUCAGAUGAUCCAAUUACUUCAGAGAAGGCCGGAGAGGUCCUCCAGAACCUGGAGAAAUGCCCAAAGAAUAUCAAGUACAUGGCUGAAAGCGGCUACUUGGACCCUCUCCAAAGGCAUCUCGUUGAAGGGUCGGAAGAUGUGCAGAUGGAGAUGGUGGGUUAUCUCGGCGAGCUAGUCCAGAAGCAGGAGAUGACCAUCAACAUUGCCGGGAGCGCAUCGGAGAUACUUGUCAAGAUGGUGCACAGCGGCAAUGCUAGUAUCUGCAAGGCGGCGCUUGAUGUCCUGGUCCAAAUCUCUUCUCACCAGCCCAAUGGCAAGACACUUGUGGACGCAGGCGCUGUUCCAGUCAUGGUUGAGGCGCUCUUCAUUCGAAAGAUCGAUGAUGAGCCCAUGGGAUCCAAGACCGAGGCUGCAGCAGUACUUGCCAACAUUGUCAAAUCUGGCAUGAACCCGGAGGCCAUCGUUGUCAACAAGGAAGGUCAUGUUAUCACGUCCAAGUACUCGGUGUACAACUUUGCACACAUGCUCAGAUGCUCCAUGCCCGACGAUCUCAACCUCAACAUUUUGCGUGUGCUGCUCGCGCUCACCGCGCUCCCCAAACCGCUUGCCACGGUGGUCUCAGUCAUGAAGGAGCAAGACAGCAGCCAGACCGUGAUCGAGUUCAUGGGUUCACCUAGCGAGGCACUUGGCAUUGCUGCGACGAAGCUGCUCACUGCAUUGUCCCCACAGAUGGGGCACACCAUUGCCGAGAAGCUCUGCAAGGUGCCUGGGCAGCUGGGCAGGCUGAUCAGGAGCAUCAGCCAGUUGGGGCGGAUCACGGAGCGGCACGCUGUGUCUGCGACGCUCCUGUCAAAGCUGCCCUAUCAGCAUCUGACACUCAACCUCGCGCUGCUGCACCAGAACGCAGUGCCGACCAUGCUGGCCAAGAUAGAGGAGAUGCAGCAUGGCGGGAUGCGGGCGAGCCGCCAUGCGAAGCCAUACUUGGAGGGCCUCGUGGGCUCGCUCGUCCGGCUGACGACGACGCUGCACGACCAGGAUGUGCUCCAGGCAGCCAUGGACCAUAACUUCACCUCGGUGCUGACCGAUCUGCUCGUCCGGUCGUCAGGCAGUGACGAGGUGCAGCGGCUCGCGGCGGUCGGCCUCGAGAACCUCAGCCAGCAGUCGGCGAACCGGUCGAAGCCGCCGUCCGAGGAACAGCAGCCCAAGAAGAACAUUCUCCGGCGCCUGCGAACCGGCCGGGUGCACGACAACCGGAAACCGCCUGCGCACAGCCGUCUCUGCCCCGUGCACCGAGGCGUGUGCUCUCCCGCCGCCACGUUCUGCCUGGUGGAGGGCGGCACGGUCGAGUGCCUCCUCGGCGUCCUAGAGAGCAACGAGAACAGUCACGUGGUCGAGGCCGCACUGGGCGCGCUCUGCACGCUCAUGGACGAAGGCGUGGACGUGGUGGGCGGCGUGGCCGUGCUCACCGAGCACAACGCUCCGCGGCACAUUCUGCGGCUGGUGCGGCAGCACCGCAACGACGAGCAGGGCAGCGGCGCGGUGCUGCGGCGGUGCUUCUGGGCCCUGGAGAGCUUCCUCGAGAACGGCGGUGACCGGUGCGUCAGGGAGGUCACCUCUGACCGUGCCCUGCCCAGCGCGCUGGUGGGCGCCUUCCACAAGGGCGACACCGCCACCAAGCAGGUCGCCGAGAGCGUGCUCCGGAGCCUGCACCGGAUGCCGGACUACUCGGCCACCUACAUGUCCGUCGAGCUGUAG